ACUUGACGUUUGGAGAUUAGGUUAUGCGAAAACAGAGAUUUUGAAUAGUGUUUUGACUUUGAGGAGAAAUUCUUGAUAAUAUAAAAACAUAUCUUUACAGUUCUGGUAUUAUUGAUGAAAAAGACACCUGCAAUAUGUUUGCUCUUUCGAGGAGAUCAAUAGUUCCUUUGACACAAAUUAGAACUAAGACGGACAAAGCCGUUUUGGACGAAAUUAUUCGAGUAGAUCAUGCUGGAGAAUUGGGAGCAGAUCGAAUUUAUGCAGGUCAGAUGUUCAUUCUAGGCAGCACUUCAAAAGCGCCUUUAAUAAGACAUAUGUGGGAGCAAGAAAAACAUCACAAAGCUACAUUUGAAGAUUUAAUUAGAAAACGUCGUGUUAGGCCUACAGUAAUGACCCCUAUUUGGAACAUUGCAGGUUUUGCCUUAGGAGCAGGAUCAGCAUUGCUUGGAGAUAAAGCAGCUAUGGCAUGUACAGUGGCUGUUGAAACAGUAAUUGUAGAUCAUUAUAAUGACCAACUGAGAACUCUAUUAGAAGAUCCAGAGUGUGAUAAAGAGCUUGUAGAAACUAUUAAGAAAUUUAGAGAUGAGGAACAAGAGCAUCAUGAUCACGGCAUUGAUCAGGGAGCAAAGCAGACUCCUUUUUAUGAAGCAUUUACUAAUGUUAUUAAAGCUGGAUGUAAAGCAGCUAUAGCUAUUUCAAAAGUAGUUUAACUUAUGUUUGUGUAUAUAUUUAGUUGUUUGUGAAAUAUAUGUUGUUAAAUAUUU